AUGAACAUUAAAGAUACCCAGAAAUUGUUCCAAGAGCACCAACGACCAUCCCUAGACGUGGAUUGGUUCAUAAGAUCCAAAAGAGCCGAUACUCCCCAUGUAUCUCAUCAUGAAAACGAAACAUCUAUAGAAGGAACUGAUCCAACAUCAUCAACUAUUAAUGUCGCAAGAGCUAAUUAUCAAGCAGAUUCUAACAGGUUACGGAAGAGAAAUUCGAUUGCAACGUCUACUUUAUUACAUCCGUCAGAAUCUGGUAAUCAACAGGAGCAUCACCACCAUCAUCAUCACCAUCAUCGUAAUGAUGACGAUGAUCAAUCAGUUACAAGCUAUGGGCAACUUGGACACACUAGAAGGAAAUCUGUGUCAAAUGACUCAAAUGGUAACAAAGCAUCAUUACAUGAUAAAAUGAACUCCACGUCUUUGCCUUUAAGAAGAUCAAAGUCAGUAUCCAUGGGCGAUUCGCAUUCACAAAAAAUUCGUAAUAGUCUAUAUCAAGAUCAUUCAUCGCCUCCGAAGAAAAUGGGUUUCUUCAGGAGUUUAUUUUCAAAAAAACCAAGACAACUACCGAAUUCUACAGCAACGGUUCCAACUACAAAACUGACAAGAGGUAUAUCUACGAAUAAUGAUGAACCUUCCAACCUGUUGCAUGACAAAGAAGGCAAAUCUAAUCGAAAAAACCCACCCAUGUUCAAAGAGAACUAUUCCUUAAAUGAGUCAAAGGACAAUCUAAAUGAAGAUAGAACCUUCUUAUAUAAAUCUAAAACUCAGCCAGAACCAACAGCCAGUCCAAAUUCCAGCAACAUAAGUAUGGAAAACGAUUAUGACGAUAAUAGUAGUGGUAGCGACAGUUAUAACGAGGCGGAUAAUCGUCUUUCCGAAUUUAUAGAAUAUUAUAAAAAGAAUGGCUAUUCUGUUAAUACCUUCAAAGAGAAGAAAGAAGGGACUGAUUAUGACAUGAAAUCUUCCCAUCUUCCAAAUGCCUCGUUUACCAUAGAUGAAGCUACGAUUCAGCCUACGAAGAAAGUCGAUAUAAGAGGAAGGCCGUUGCCACCUCAUCCAGCUAUAGCAAGGUUACCAUCUGCCUUUAAGAAACGGACGAACUUUGAAGAGCAAGGUGCAAAUGUAUCGGAACCCGUAUCGCUCGAUAAGACUUAUAUCCCUAAUAAUACAGGGUCGUCCAAAAAAUUUGGUGCUUUUCUCAAACGAGUGACUUCAUAUGGUACAUCCAAUCCUAGCGUGAAUAAUAAACCGACCAUGAACCAGUCACUUCUCUCAGUACAGUCCACUGAUUCAACUUGUACAACCUCAUUUGAUCCGUCCAAUACAGUAACUGUUCCUGGUUUGGAGGGAAUAAAACCUUUGAAACAUGUCUCAUUUGCUACAAAUACAUAUUUCAAUGAUCCUCCACAACAGAUUUGUAGUAAGAACCCCAGAAAGGGUGAAGUGGAAGUUAAACCAAAUGGUUCUGUCAUUAUUCAUCGAUUAACUCCUGCAGAGAGAAGGAAAAUCCUUGAAUCUACAAGUUCAGGGAUUGUCGUGGGUGGUUCAGGACAAUUGAAAUUGAUAUCUGAUUUAGAAGAGCAAGAAAAGUCUUCUACAGACAAAAUAACUGAAAAGUUACGCGCUGAAGGGAAGAAACCAAAUGAAACUAUGUUAAACAAAACUAGCAAGGACCAACUUGAAGAUGAACAAGCACAGGAAGAACAAGAAGAAGAUAUCAAAAAAAAUAGUAAGAAAAGAAGUAUAGUAUUGGCUGCAGCUGAGGCUGCCGCUGAAGCCAGAGCUAAGGAGACACCAAAUGAAUUGAGAAGAACAGUUACAAAUAAUGAAGAAGAGGUUACAGUUAGCUCAACUGCGUCACAUCUAACGAUCGAUAAGCCGAUGAUCAGUAGGCGGUCAAAUGCAUCCUUAUCAUCAGCUUCCUUGGCCUCUCAGGAGGUUGAUGAUGGUGAGGGAGAAAUAUUCCCGUCCGUUAAUAUGAAGAUACCACAUGAUAUUGUUUACACGAGGUGUUGCCAUUUGCGGGAAAUAUUACCUAUCCCUGCGACUUUAAAACAAUUAAAAACAGGAUCAACCGAUCCGAUUCCAUUAUUGCAAUUAAGGAACCCAAGACCAUCUAUGGUUGAAAUUUGGUCAUUUAGCGAUUUCUUAAGUAUUGCCCCUGUCUUGUGCCUUUCGUUAGAUGGUGUAAGCUUAACCGUUCAAAUGUUAAGGAUUAUUCUAAGUUCUUUGAUAACAAAAGAUAACUUUGAGAAAUUAUCGUUACGAAAUACGCCACUAGACGAUGAAGGAUGGAAGUUACUCUGCUAUUUUAUUUCAAAGUCAAAAUCACUAAUAUCCUUAGACCUAACAAUGGUUCCACACAUUAAAACGAAUGUCCAAAAACCUUCAAAGUCCUCGCUAAAAAACAACCUUUCCAGAAUGGAAAGUAACCUAGAAAAUAGAACUGAUAGGAAUUGGGAUCUACUUACGGCUGCAAUUGCAAUGAAAAAUGGUCUUGAGGAGAUCGUUAUCGCAGGAGCUAAGAUCCCUCUUUUUCAAUUUACGAAUUUUAUUGACGUGGCCUGUGUUAAAACUCAGAGGCUUGGAUUGGCGUAUAAUGAUUUAUCCAAGGAACAAUGUGAAAAUUUGGCAAAGUGGAUCAUCCAUUCUAAGGUGACCGGGUUAGAUAUUGGUUUCAACGAUUUGAGAGGCAAACUUUCGACAUUCACCGAUGCCGUCUGGGACAAAAUUCAAAACAAACGUAAAGCAAACGUACUAAAAUAUCUAUCUUUAAAUGAUACCUGUCUCGAAGUUGAAGAAGGUGCAACCAGUGAAACGAAUGAUGUUUUGCGAUUGUUAAGUGUUUUAUGUUAUUCAGAAAACUUAAAGUUCUUAGAUUUAUCUAACAAUCCAAAAUGUUUCCCCAAUUGUGUUGAUACACUUAUAAAAUGUUUACCAGUGUUUGUUAAUUUGGUGAGAUUACAUUUAGAUUACAAUGAUUUAACUUCUACAACGAUUGUUAUGCUAGCAGAAGCGUUGCCCCUAUGUUCGAGAUUGAACCAUGUGUCAAUGUUAGGAAAUGCAUUAGAUCUAGCGUCAUGUAAGGCAUUGACAGAGGCUUUUAGGAGAAGCUCUUCUCUUUUGACUUUGGAUAUUGAUUAUGCGUACAUGCCAGAAAAUAUUAAAGAAAAAAUAACUAUGUACGCAAUGAGAAAUAUUCAAAAAGAAUUAGGCACAGUAGAUGGAAGUGGCAAACAGACUGCCAUGAAUGGGUAUCCAUUGAAAAAUUUGCAAGAAGAAUUAUCCGGUCUGCUUACAGAAAACACAGGUGACGAGAACCAUCAAGCAGAAAAUGUGGAUAGAUUCAUCAAGAGAAGUGAUAAAAUUCGUACCACGAUUGAAAAGGUAGUCGAAGAUUUAUUCAAUUUAAGGGUACAGGGUCAAUUAAGUUUGGAAGGCAAAGAGACUCUCAUCCGAUUAUGUUUUAUGGACAGAACUUUGGAAAAAGGUAUUCGACUAUUGAGGAGUAAACAUAGGAGAGCAAAUACAGUAGGCCAAAUACCGGAAAUAAAGCAUGUUAUUUCUACCGAUUCGGAACAAAGUACUGCAUCCGAUGCUGUUGGUAAUAAUGAUAUCGUUCAAUCAGUCUUCACAUCUACAACUUUCGGGAAAAGUGGGCAUAGUGCAUUACUUCCAUUUGGUACGGCAGAAGUAGAAAAGCCUGGUAAGUCUUCUGAUGAUGACGAUGCUGAUGAAACUAUAGCUUUUAAGGAAAGUGAUAAUGGUACGACAAAAAUAAUAUCUCCAGAAAUCCUACAAAAGGAUGCAAAAAAUGAAGGACUAAAAGAGAAUACGUAUCUAACUGUCGAUAGGGCAACUCUAGAUAAGGCUGUUGACACCUUAGAUAGCGACGAAAUUAAGAAUCUUCUUUUAAAAAAUGAUGCUACUGAGGUCGUUACAGUGAUCGAUGAAUUGCAUAAUAGAGGUUAUCAUUUACACCAUAUAUUCAAGAAGCAUCCUGAAGACAAGCAGAAGGAGGCAUCUAAAGAUGGAGACCUUAAAACUACAGUCUUAGAAAUUAACACUGGUAAAACAGCGGGCAAUUCUAAGGAGAUAAUCCCCACAGAGGCCGUUCCUUUUAAUGAAUUUAUGAAUAACAAGGAGGAAGAGGCUAUCGAUGCUGCAUAUGAUCAAGUUUUAGAUAACUUACAAGAAGUAAGAGACAAACAGAAGAAAAAGUAG